UGGGGAGGACAAGGGCAAUCGAGUCACCAGGAAGCAUAACAGUAUUUCCUAAGCUUGACGGGCUCCCCACCUCAUCCCCGACUGAUUGAUAAAAGUACGAUUCCAAAAAGAAUGGGAGCAGUCUAGAGGGCUGGCGCAAGGAAAACUAAGUCAGGGUCUGAGAAGAAGGCUGAUGUGGCCGUGACAGCUGGUGUAGAGAGGAAUCUGCGAGAAGUCAGUAGUCCUAGUCAGUAGACGGGGAGUCGGCCAGGAAUCAGUAGGAGUCGAUCUAGAGUCAGCCAGUAGUUCGCCAGGAGAUAGUGAGACCAAUGCCAACAUCUCGUUCUGUUCGAGAGAAAAAGGAGCAUGGGAGAGAAGUACCAAUCGGACGAGAAGUGUUAUAUAUCUAUUUGAUCAAUGAAGAAUCGAUUUGAGAUGCGGAGAGUUAUCCGACCGCUUAUGACAGAUGAAUAAUAACGGAGAAGCCAACAAUUUCCAAGCGGGUAUUGUUCCGUCCAGCUCGACUUUGAGAGAUGAGGAACGUUCUAACUGCUUCUGUUUCGAAAGUGACGAUGACAGCAUGGAAAAAAUCCGACUCAAGCACACGAAGCGCAAAUUAGCGAGAGGAUGUCUCAGCAACAUGGUGAUAUGCGUUAUACUGGUCGGGUACACGUUUUUAGGAGCGGUGAUUUUUUUGGCGAUCGAAGGUGGUACCAUUUUCCACAUAAUGACGAAGCAAGAGGACAAAAAGGUGGGCGAGGCGUUUGUGAGCGUAGCGCCGAAAUUUUACAAUUUGACCACCGCCGGUGUUUGGCUGGACCAAUUGGGAGAGGAAUCGAGGACGAAGGCGGUGGAAAAUAUUUGGGAAAUAACUGUCAGCCUCAAUAUACUCUAUAAAGACAACUGGACGCGUCUCGCAUAUCAAGAGAUUUCCAAAUUUCAAGAGGCACUCGUUAAACAUUUAACGGACGAGUUAAAUUUUCAAGCGGAAGCAGCCAACGAACUCAGGCCACCUGAAAAUAAAAACGAAUGGACGCUAGCCAGGGCAUUUCUUUAUUCCCUCACAGUGCUCACCACAAUCGGUUAUGGAAAUAUGUAUCCCAAAAGUGGCCUUGGGAAGGCCGUGACAAUGGGCUAUGCUGCAGUCGGCAUUCCACUUGUUUUACUUUACCUGUCAAGUGUUGGAAGUCUACUUUCAAGCUGUGCUCGAAAUGUUUUUACUCGAUCGCUCUGCUGCUGUCUUUGUUCCAAUUGUGGUUACUGUUGUUAUGAUGAAAAGAGAAUGCAAGAAAAAGAACAAAGGAUGAGGAAAAAACGAGAAAGGAGGGAAUACGAGCAGCAAGUUCAAAGUUUGCGAGGGCAAGAACCAUUUUAUGUGCGUUCCAGCUCUGCAUAUACAUCAUCGUCCAACAUUGAGAUAUCGACAGUCAGAGAAGAGUCAUCAAAACCGACAGUCACAAGAUCGGCUUCAGUCCUAGAAGCAGACUGUCUGAGCACUGACACUUCAGUGCUGGGUGAUGCAAAAACAAGUUUUUAUGCUCCUCUUCUCCUGUGCUUAAUUGUAAUGGUCAUUUAUAUCGGGGCCGGUGCUGUAAUCCUCUGUAGGCUAGAAAAUUCCUGGACUCUUCUGGAUAGUAUAUUUUUCUGUUUUACUAUUUUAAGUACCAUCGGAUUCGGAGAUUCUAUGCCCAACAAUUCUAUCCUUUCACAUAAAUCCUCCAAUUCCUCUUCCCUGGAGGAGUUAACAAUUUGGUUUUUCUCUUUGUAUAUAAUUUGUGGCUUAGCCCUAACAGCCAUGUGUUUCAAUGUCGUACACGAAGAAAUAGUGCACAGGCUAAAACAUCAUUAUAUCAUUGUAAACAAUGUUUCAUCCAGCAAAGAAUACUCAGUCAACUCGUAUAAAAUGACAAAUCAGAGUAACAUAAACGAUGAUGCUGUCAACACGACAGAUUUUCUUUCUAUAUCCUGACAACCUGCUCAUAAAUUGGUCUCUAGUUUUGGUAACAUUAAGGUAAUCAGUGAGCCCAUCAGCAACCCAAUCGCCGAAACAUUUGAUCUUGAUCCAGAAUAUAUCGACAUCGCUUUUGAAAGCGUAAUCCCAAUGGUUUCGAAAACUCAAGAUGUUCAUCACAACAAUCUGGCCUCCUCAGACGAGAACAAAAAAAAUGUCAAUAUUUGACAAACCAGUGAUUUACAUGAAUUGUAAAAACUAAAAAAAAAAAUCAUGUAACUUUUGUGCAAAUUUACAAAAUAAGUAACCAGAAUAAAUAUUUAAAAACAUAACAUUUUAUGAUUCAGCUAUGGUUACUUCUUUAUUGUAAAACACUUGAUAGAAAAAUAUUUUUCAGUCAUACAUUAAACAAUUAUGUAAAUAAUUACUAAGCCAAUGUCUUCUUGAAUCAUUACCUUCUUAUAAUAAGUGUCGUAGAAAAAAUAUAAAAACUUGUAGACUAUUUUUAAAAAGAAUAUUUAAACAAAAUUUUUUUUAAUACACAUCAUCUAGAAUAUUAUGUACAUAACAACCCUCAUCAAGUUGAGUUUGAGCAAUCAUUCAUGAUUUUUUAAAUGUACCUUUGUGUAAUAACACAUCAAAUUUAAGUUUGAUUACUUUACAGUUAUAAUUAUCACAUUAAAAACUUUAUUUUAUGCAUUUCCCAUAUAGGCUUUUUUGCGAUGUGAGUCAAUUAUCCAUUACAUUAUACCAAAAACUAAACUAUAAUAGUAUGAAAUGUAUGAAUUUAUUCAAUAGUGGUUAGUACUAUUAAUAAAUGUUACUGUACCAAAUGUAAAUACUUUUUAAUAAUAUUAUUCUACACUUUCAUAUGGAUUGUAAUAUUAUCGCAAAUAUAAAUCUGUGUAUUUUAAAAAUUAAAACAGAUAAGUGUCAAAAAAGUAAUAAAUACCCAUUGCAAACAUAACCCCAAAGACAUGAAACAAUAGAUUGAUGUGAAAUGAUUCCUUUGCUUGCAAUCUUAACCUUGUAAUGUUAAAUUAUUCUGUUUUGUUUGUUGUUGCAUUUUAUAGUAAAGUAUUUCCAUUUUU